UGUGCUGAUUUCCUAGGAACCAUGUCCCUGCUGAAGUGCUCCCUGUUCAUUGUGGUUCUCCUCAACUCUACCUUUCACAGCUUGCUUGUGAACAGUGUGCGUUGCAGUGGAACUCCUUCGUCGAUACUUCUGACCCAGCGCUGGGCCAAGACAGAAUGCAAAGACCCGAAUCUGAAAGGCAAUCCAGCAUGCAACUCGAAUAAAUGGACUCUUCAUGGACUGUGGCCUGAUAAAGUGAAAGUAAUUGAUGCAGAUCCAUUGACAGACGACUUCUUUAAUACAUUUGAGAAUUAUCAGCAAAUCAUGAGGACAGACUGGACAUUUUUGGGCAGCGCUGAUCAAAAUACUUACAUACGUGAAACCAAAAAAUUCUGGAAUCAUGAAUGGAUGAAACAUGGAUAUUGCGCCAAGGACUUCAUUGGAUCUGAUCAGCCAAAGCCGUACUUUGAGAAAGCUUUGGAACUUUACCGCUCAGAAGAUCUUCUCAGCCGUUUGACUUCCAGUGGUAUUAAACCAAGAGAUGAUAAAACUUACCAAGAGUAUGAGGUAAGCAUAUCAGACAUCAUAACCCAUUUUGUAUAUCACUGUAAAUCAUUCAAAGUUGAUGUUCUGUCAAACAUUAUCUCUUUGGAUAUUGUUAUGAAAUCAAACUGCCCCCACACCCCCUCAGUACAGAACAGAGAGAGGGGGUCUUGCCUGAUAAAGGAAUAUGCUCGUAUCUAGUUUCUAUACAUACACGUUAAUCAGUGAAGGGGAAUCUGUUUCACGCUGCCUUGCUGAUUGACCUGCCAGCUAGUUUUCUUAUGCCAGCCCCCUUUCACAAUGUUGCUAUUUCUGUAAAUCCAUUUAAUGCUUUGCACUGUGAAUAGUUAAGGCGCCCCGUAUUUAAUAAAAAAAGUGGCCAAUGUAAAAAUUGUUAGUAACCCUAUCAGCUGCAAUCUAGCCAAACGGCAUCAAUUUUUAACACUUUAUUUUCCUGAUGGAACUGAAAAUCUG